AUGGUUGAUCAAAUUGAGUCAUGUUCGCCUAAUACGUUGGUACAAUGUCGAAUAUGUCACGAUGAAGAUGAAGACUUAAACAUGGAUACACCUUGUUCUUGUUCUGGUACAUUGCAGUAUGCUCAUAGAAUAUGUGUGCAAAGAUGGUGCAAUGAGAAAGGUGAUACUACUUGUGAGAUUUGCCAACAGCAAUUUAAAGGCUACACUGCUCCUCAAGCUCCUUUGUUUCACUAUAGUGGCAACUGGGAAAUUCCAAGAGUUGGUUUCAAUAAUCAUCAGUUCAUAGCAUUGUUUCCUGCUAAUCAUGAAUUUCUAGACUUUGAUUUUGAAUAUUCAGCUCCCUCUACAAGGAGCCGCGUGUUCAUUCGCAUUGUUGCCAUCAUUUUUAUUGUUCUGCUUGUUUUACGGCAUACACUUCCAAUCAUAUUUAUACUCAAUGAAGUAGAAGAGUCUUCUUUGACAGUGAUCACGUUGCUAAUGUGGGGAAUCACUGGAUUAAUUGUACCCGUGUAUAUAAUGGUAAAAGCUAUUCAACAACUUCAAAACCAGGAUCAUAAUCCCCUUAUGCAAUUGCAAACACACGUUGACAGAAACAUGAGCCAGUCUCAGUUGCGUGUCAUCCAUAUUCAGUGA